AAUUUUAUAUUCCCCUCCGAGAAAAGAUCGAGUGCUCCACAGACACAAUAUCCAUCUUCCUCUCUGUGUGACCCAUUUUUCUUCCCUGAAAAUUCUCCGUCCGGUGCGGCUUCGCCUGAAAAUUCGUAGCCUCCGACCGGCGAUCACUGUCUGGUCAGUUUCCCGGUCAUCUUUGAAGAGGAUUGUUUGAAUGAAUUAUGAAGGGUAGAGUCCGUUCAAACUUCGUUGAGAAGUAAAGAAGGUGUAGUGAAAGCGAAAGUGGAAGCACAAAGCAUUCCUUUUCACUUGGAAGUAGACAAAGCAAAAUGUCUUUCCAGAACAAGGGUUUUUGGAUGGCGAAGGGUGCUGGACACAUAAAUGCAGGAGACUCAACAUUUGAUAAUACUUCAAGAAUUGAAUCGAAGCGAUCUCAUCAGUGGUUUGUUGAUUCUGGUGAAACAGAGCUGCUCCCUAACAAGAAGCAGGCAGUGCAAGUCUCCAACAGCAAAUCUAGUUCAGGAGUGUCAAAUGCAAAUAUUCCUUCUUGGGAGAAUGCUUCCAGUUUUCAUUCAAUGCCAGGCCAGUUCAUCAAUCGCUUAUUUGGAUCUGAAACAGCAAGCUCUGUCAACUUUGUUGAAAGGAAUAUGUCUCCUGUUGGAACAGAGAAUUUGAAUGUGAGAAGAAAGGGUAUGGAUGACCAAUUUGGAGAAGAUGCAUCCAUUGGUUUGUCCAUAUCUCCUCAUGCUAUGGAAGAUCCUGAAACGUGUGUCACCUAUGGUGGAAUAAGAAAAGUCAAAGUCAAUCAAGUUAAGGAUUAUGACAAUGGUAUGCAUAUUCCAAAGGGACAUAGUUCUACGGGGGAACUUAUCAGUCACCUGUCUUCAGGACAAGCCUAUAACAGAGAAAGUGAUGCUGAUUUUACAUCAAUAGGGCAGUCCUAUAACCAGGAUGACAGUGUUACUUUAAUGGGCCACACCUACAACAGGGGAGAUGCCAAUGUCAGAUCAACAGCUCCCACCUAUGGCAGUGGAGAUGGCAAUUCAAUAUCAAUGGGUGACACCUACAGUAAGGGGGAAGGUAAUAUAAUUUCUUUUGGUGGGUUUCCUGAUGAACAAGAUAUUAUCCCUGUGGGCAGGCCUGUAAGCAGCGGCUACGAUCUAUUAUACGAUCUGUCUUCAGAACAAACAUCAGAAACAGCCUGUGAGAAAGAGUUGGACGCAUCGAAUGCCAUUGCAGUUCUUAGUGCCAGUCAGGUAGGUAAAUCAAGACCUGAAUAUGUUUCCAAGAAUAAGUCAGAGUUCAAAACAUCCAGGAAAGAAGCUCCAAACAGCUUCCCCUCCAAUGUUAGAAGCUUGAUAUCUACCGGUAUGCUUGAUGGGGUUCCUGUAAAGUAUGUUUCCUUGGCACGGGAGGAGCUUCGUGGAAUUAUAAAAGGUUCUGGCUAUCUUUGUGGGUGUCAGUCAUGUAAUUAUUCCAAGGCGCUGAAUGCUUAUGAAUUUGAGCGCCAUGCCGGUUGUAAAACGAAACACCCGAACAAUCACAUAUAUUUUGAGAAUGGAAAGACUAUCUAUCAGAUUGUACAAGAAUUAAGAAGCACGCCCGAGAGUUUAUUGUUCGAUGCAAUUCAAACUGUUUUUGGUGCACCAAUUAAUCAGAAAUCCUUUCGCGUUUGGAAAGAAUCAUUUCAAGCGGCAACUCGGGAGCUUCAGCGUAUAUAUGGAAAGGAAGAACUGAAUCUUUAGGAGUAUUCUAGGUGAGCCUUAAUCAAAUUGUAAGAUAGCGUCAACUCUAUUAUGUACACAGAAACAAGUACUAGUGUUUUGUAAAUUAUGUAUUUGUGUGUAUCUUGUUGUACGGAAGAACGGAUAGUUUUUGUUAUUAUUAGGUAAUUACAUGUGUAAACUUUGAAA